CACAAUGUUUAACUACAAGUUCAGCAGGUUAAACCUUCGCUUCAAUCUUUGGAUGCUAUGAAAAAGCUAUGAAACUUGCUCUGGGGAUAAUUCAACUACUGUUAAACAGUAUGAAGGGCUACAUUAAAUUAAUUGCGACAGUCAAAAUAACUCAAAGCCUAAAACUGAUGAGAAAAGGUAAAUAAUAAAUGAGAGCCCAAGAACGCAACGCGGACAAUGUUUAACUACAAGUAGGUUAGAUUAGAGAUGACUGUCAGAUGGCCUCUGUGGCCUAGUGGCUAGAAUCCUCGUCCUAAAAUUGAUAGGUGUUAUGUUCAAAUCUUGGAGUGGGGUUUAAUUUUUUUUUUUUUGUUUUUUUUUGCGUUGGGAUGUUUUCGUUCUCUAAUAUGAUCAAUUUCUGUCAAGCCUUUCACGGAAACCUAUUGAUUGCAAAGCGAAACUAUAAAAUCUAGUGGUUACAAGCGACCAUUAAUUUUGUUUGAUAUGAUCAACUAUGUUAAAAUCUAUAGGUGGAGCUAUUUUUUAUGUAUUUUGUUUUGUUUUUUGUUUAUUCUUUUUCUAAUAUGAACAAUUCUAUGUCAACCAUGUCAUGAAGACCCACCACUGCAUUGGACAAUUGCUUCACUAAUUGUUUUUAAGAUGGAAAUCGCAUCCGCAAAUAUACCUAUUGUACUUGAAUCGCCCUUUUCUAAUCUGGGACAAUUCUGACGCGGAAAACGCGCCAAGAAAAAUUCAAGCGGAACAAGUCCAUUUUGAUGUUAGGAUGGCAUCAGCACCAGACACCACACCUGCUUUGAGUGAUCACGCCUGUAACGAGCAGCAACUUAAGUGUGUGCAAGAAAUUUUACCACUUGGCUACAGGUAUAAAGUGACAUCAUUUCAGCCAAAAUCUGAGGGAAAAUUCAUAUGUGAAGUCCGGCUGGCAAUAUUUGAUACAGAUAGUGCAAAACUGUGGCUUCAGAAAUUUCAAGACAGAAGCAAGGUUACAUUGCGUGCUAGAGCCAGUGUGCCAGCAAAGGACGGGGGCAAAAAUAUUUAUAAACAAUACUUCAGAUGCCAGCACAAUACCAACCCGGUUUCUGCUACAGCCAACAGCCGUCUUGGUUCCAAGAAUUCAGAAUGUCCAGCUCUGCUAACAAUUGCUGUACAGAGACAGCUUGGAAAACUCAGCAGACCAAAGAACAUAGACCCGCUUUUGAGAGAUUUCCCUACAUGCCUUCGGAUUGAACACACUCACAAUCAUAGUCUGUAUAGUGCUGAUUCUCUACGUCAUAGGGAUGUUAAUAAUGAAACAAUCACCAAAUUCAAGGGACUUUUUUCAAAAGGCCAUAGUGCAUCUUCAGCACUUGAACUGCAUAAGCUUGACCUCCACAUGGAACACGGCGAAAACUAUGUUUAUGAGGCUGCUGACAGAGCUGUUUGUCCUGAUCUGGGGUUUUGCCACAGACUGUACAAGCAAGUAUUUGAUGAGAAAUACUCUCCAACCUCUUCAGAACUGUUGAUUGACAGCCUAAAGACAGCUUGCAGGACAUUCAAUGCAGAACAAAAUGGGGAGUUCUGCAAGGUAAAAGAAACAGCAUCAGGGAAGAUAGCCAUAGCUGUCUGCACUCCCCUAAUGAUGAGAGUGCACAGACUGCACCGUGCAAGUGGUGAACUUGUUUUUAUGGAUGCCUCAGGUGGGAUGGACAGGUAUGACUGCAGAGUUUUCUUGCUUCUCACUCACAGUGUUGCAGGUGGACUCCCUUUAGGCUGCCUUAUUGUUUCUUCUGAAGCAACAGAAGUAAUAACAGAUGCUUUGUUACUAUAUAAAGAACUUUUGCCAUCUGAUGCUUUUUUUGGAAGAGGUAAUAGAGGACCUCAGGUGUACCUCACAGAUGACAGUAGUGCUGAAAGGCAGAGCCUGCAAGCUACAUUCCCUGAAGCAACACUUCUUCUUUGUACGUUCCAUAUACUUCAGGCCACUUGGCGUUUCCUUUGGGAGGCUCGGAACAAUGUAAAAAAAGAAAGCAGGCCUCAUCUACUGAGCAUCAUCAAGAAAAUGGUUUAUGCUCAGAGUGAUGAUGAAAUAAUUAAUGUUUAUGAUAAUGCCUGUAGAGAUGAUGUUGUUAGGGUCAAUCCCAAAUUCAAACUGUAUUUAGAAAAGCAGUUUGAACGAAGAAGUCUAUGGGCAGUCACUUUUAGAAAAGACCUUCCUGUUCGUGGAAAUAACACAAACAACUACUGUGAAGCAGCUAUGCAUGUUUUGAAAGAUAAGAUCUUCUGCCGCACACGUGCAUAUAACAUUCAGCAACUGCUUGAUUUCUUAUUAACACGGUUUCCUGCCUACUAUGAAAGGCGGCUGCUUGACCUUGCCAAUGGUAGGAGAGAUGUUACGGUUAGCAGACGCUAUUUAUAUGGAACAGAAAGUAUUAAGAGGGAAAUGGUUCAGGCUGUAGGAGAUCUUCUUUUUGAAGUUAAAAGUGAGCAGCAGCAUGGUAAGUCAUACCAAGUAGACAUGAACACAGACAUGUGUUCUUGCCCACAUGGCAUGACAGGUGCACCCUGCAAGCACCAGCACGCUGUCAUGAAAUUUUUUAAUGUAUCUUCAUUAAAUAUAUUUCCUGUUAGGGAUGCCAAAUCAAGGAGACAUUUCUUCCACCUAGCGACUGGACAAGACAAUAUUCAGCAGGAAUGGUUCCAGCCUCUUGUUGAUACUCGAGAAGACGUCCCAGAACCAUGUACUUCGAGUACAAAUGUGGAAACUGUCGACACACCAUUUCAGACUGACAACAACAACAGGGUUGAAGAAUUACUGACGCAUGACUCAGAGGACGAGUUUGACAUCCCUACCUCUAAUGAUGCUUUAAUAAUACAAGAGUUUAAAAAGAACAUUGAUAAACUUUUAAAAGAUAUUGAAAAUAAUAGAACUGAACUUUUGCCUGCCGUUGACCUCUUUAAUAAAAAAAUUGCAAAGUUAAGCACCACAAGUGCACUUUCAACAGCACUUUCCUGUUUUGGAGAUAACACCGGAGUCUCUUCAGUUGUUCGACGAGGUAUUAUUCCUGUUCAACCAUCAGCAAUUGCCCGUCGAACAACAUAUGUUGGGGGCAGGCAGUGCUUGCAAAGUGGCAGGAAACCUAUUAAUGCCGAAUUUUGUGAUAAAACAAAAAAGAGAAAAGUAUCAGAAAGCUGCCAGCUUCUGCCCAGAAAAAAACAACGAAAAGCAGCGCACUGUAUUAGUCAGUGUGUUAAGAACAACAAAAGCCUUGGAAAGUGCCACCAUGCAAAGUGAUCAUUAAUUAUUUGAUAAAUAGUGGGUUGGGUUGAAAUCACAAAAUAAGCAUAGUCUGUUAUGAGUAGCAAGCUCUGUGUGAA